AUGGAGAAUAGACGCAGAAAUUUGUUUGACGAUGAUGAUGAGGAUGAGCAAAAUGAAUAUGUUCCCUCUCAAUAGCCAGUAGUGUAGCAGCCAGUUGUUUAGCAAUAGUAAAAUAAAUAUGAGGAGGUUGACUUGGGCGCUUCAUAGAAAUAUAAUCCCACCACAUCUAAUACAACUACCACUACUUCCAACAGUAGAUCAAAGAAGCUUUUCGAUGAUGAUGAGGAUGAGCAGGACACGUAUAAACCUUCUUAACAGAAUAAUGAAGAAGAGGAGUAGUAUAAGACUGCCUAUGAAUCUAAGGUCGAGAUAAAAUAAUAACAAUAACCAGUGCAGUAACAGGAAGUUAAAAAGAAGAGCAUGUUUGAUGAUGAUGAUGAAUACAAACCAAGCUAUGAGCCCGAAGAGAUAAAGCAGGAACCAGUUCAAACUAAAACAAACCCCCCUGCUAGUCAAGUAGUAGCCGAGAGAAGAAACUUAUUUGAUGAUGAGCCAAUUACUAUUGAAGAGAAUAGAUCAUCUGAUUACAAUCCUUAUAACUCAGACAAGCAGAAAUAAAGCACAGUCCCAGAGUAGCAAUAAACAUCGACUAAGACUAUUAAGGAAACUCCAGUUGAGUCUAAAUCAGCUCCUAAGGAAGAGACCUCUAAAGUGAGUGAAAGUGAGAGAAGAGCUAAGGAGGAAGCUGAGAAAGUAAAGAAGCAACUGCUAGAAGAACUUAAUUCAAUGAAACUUCAGGAGGUGCCAUUGGAGGUUCCAAUGAAAGAAGAGGUUGAUCCAAAGGUCAAGAAAUUCACAGUGCAAAACCCUACUAAGAUUGGAGGACACAUCAAGUAUGCAGUCACUGGUGUUGAUGGAGAAGGAGACUUCGAGGAUGUCAGAAGAUUCAGUCAGUUCUUUGCUCUAAAGAAUGCUCUCUAGCAAAGAUGGCCAGGAAUCUAUAUUCCUGCACUUCCAGAAAAGAAAUUAGUUGGUAAUAAUGAAGUUAAAUUCGUAGAAGAGAGAAGAAACCUAUUAGAAAGAUUUAUGAAAGAGCUUGCCAAGUGUGACUAUUUGAUCCAUUCUAAGGAGUUUAAAAUAUUCGCAAGAGAAAAAGGAGACGUAGAAAAAAUCCUUAAUAAUCUCGUCAAGCAAACCCCUAUGUAAAUCCUGGAGAAAUACAGACUUAACUUUAACGUUGACGAGGAUCAAGAGUCAUCAUCUCUUCAGAGAUACAAGGAAAAUAUCAUUGAGUUCUAGAUAUUCCUUAGAAAGGUCAUCCCAGUGAUGGAAGUUCAAAAGAAAUAGCUUAAGAGAAUGAUAUAGACUAAGGACGCAUCAGAUGCUAGUUACAAGUCAAUCAUGACUAAUCUAAUGAGAUACGAAGACAACAACAUCGAGUACUAUGCUGAUUCUGACAUCAAUAAGAGAAUACUCACAAAUCCCGGAGUUGGAGACAUGAAGGAAAAGAUGGAUGAUACAUACAAGGGGUGGAAAAAUCCUUUCAAGGACGCAUACUACUGGCUAAAGGGAGAGUUGCUUGAUCUAAAGGGAAUCAACGAGGCACUUCUAGGUAGAGAGCUGGUAGUCAAAUAAUAAUCACAGUGCGAGAGUAAAAAGAGAACUGAUCAAUAGGAGUUGGAGAAACUGAGCUAAGGCAAGACUACAAUCAAGAGUAUAUUCAAAAGCAAGUCAAGUAAAGAGAGUGAGAUCACUAAUCUACAGACACUUAUAGAGGUCGCAAACAAGGACAUUGCUGACUAUAAAAAGUUAAUCAACUGGCUAACGAUCUAUCAUGGAGAGAUAUGCAUUCAGAAAUUCAAAAGAGAGAAGUCUAGAGGUUACCUUAAGACAUUAAACAACUUUUGCAUCAAGGAGAUAUCCAAUUCACACUUAUCUGCUACCCUGUGGCACUCUCUCCUUGAAGUUGAUAAACAGUGA